GAAGUUGCAUAGGUUAUAUUUUGUUACUAAUUUAGUAAUUACACAGUAUAUAAGUAAACUACUUACUUAUGUACGGUGCUAUUUAUAUAUUUUUUAGGACAAUCCUUUGAAAAUAAUAAAAUAAAAUGGGUAGUCCUGAGCUCGAAAGGAAUAACAGUUUUGAAUCUGACUGUUGUAGAAAUUACAAAGGCCUUCAAGUCCUGCAUUCGAAUGAUCAAAUCAAAGAACUCCAAACUAUAUUAAGGGACAGGAAUACCUCACGAAGCGACUUCAAAUUUUAUGCCGAUCGUCUUAUUCGCCUAGUCAUUGAAGACAGUCUGAACCAGCUUCCGUUUACGGACUGCAAAGUUGUUACUCCCACCGGAGCUACUUAUGACGGACUCAAAUACAAAUCGGGGAACUGUGGGGUAUCUAUUGUGAGGUCUGGUGAGUCCAUGGAACAGGGGCUUAGAGAUUGCUGCAGAAGUAUAAGAAUAGGGAAAAUUUUAGUCGAGUCUGAUGCUGACACUCACGAAGCACGUGUUGUUUAUGCAAGGUUUCCUGAAGAUAUAUCACAGAGAAAUGUAUUAUUGAUGUAUCCCAUAAUGUCGACUGGAAAUACUGUUAGUAAGGCAGUGCAUGUUUUGAAAGAGCACGGAGUCAAUGAAGAAUGUAUAAUACUGAGUAAUUUGUUCUGUACUCCCCAGGCUGUACAGACUGUCUUGGAUUCGUACCCAAGAAUGAAAAUCCUCACUUCAGAAGUACAUCCUGUGGCUCCCAAUCACUUUGGGCAAAAAUAUUUUGGUACCGACUGAGAACAAUUUAUAUAAGCCAAAAUGUUGAUUUUAGAAAAUAUUUCUUUGUGUUUUUGAUGGACUGAAGUGAAACAAUGUUGUAAAUGAAAUGAAAUGAAAUUCCUACAAUAGUUCUAUUGUAGGAAUUUCAACCUGUAAAAAUUUUUCAGUUGAGCAGAUUGUUAAUAAAUAUAUCUUUAUUUAAAACUA